AUGGAUAUAAUAGAAUCAACAUUAGAUAAAUAUAUUAGAGAGAUUGAUGAUCAUUGCUUGGGAUCAAGAAUCAGAGCUGCUGCAGAGACUCUUGAAAAAUUGGAUUCAUACAUACAAUCAAUACGUGCCAACAAUGUAAAUGGUGGAGACAACAACACACCUGAACUUUCAUCAAUCGAAUCAAUCAUUGAUAGAUUAUACACAACAAAUAAACGUAUCAAUAGACUACGUCAAGAAUCAAAAGAAAUUGAUAUGUUAUUAAAUGUAUUACAUGAAGAUUUUAAAUCUGUGGGAUGGACAGAAAUAAAUAAAGUUGAUGGGAUACAUACAAUGUACAAGGAAAAUGGUAGUGGAAUGCAUAGUAUUAGAAUAGAUGGUAUAGUGUCUAGUCCCAUUUUCAAUAUAUGUAGUGUGUUGUUGGAGGUUGAUUUGUACAAUACUUGGAUUCCAAGAUUGACAGAAUGCAAUUUAUUGGCGAGUGAUGAUCGUUUUAGAAAGGUCAUUUAUUGUCGUGCAGAGUGUCCAUGGCCAAUUGCUGAUCGUGACCUUUGUCUCUAUGGGUAUGGAGUCGAUAUGUUGGAAGACAAGGAACAAACGUUUGUAGUGGUGUCUAGAACCUAUGAAGACGGCGACUUUGACCAUAAUGUAGUGAUCCCACCUCCCACUGGUAAACCAAGUAGUGUGGUGCGGUCACACACCCAAAUCUCUGGGUUCACCAUCAAACCAUUGUCUCCAACCGAGACCUAUGUGCAGGUGGUGUCGUGUACCGACCCUCGAAUGAAAUUCGUUCCCUAUUGGUUCCUCAAUUUUAUCACCAACCAAUUUUCACACUACCUCUUUCAAAUGCUUCGUCAACAAGCUCAAAAGGUAACAACAUCACCAGAAUUUCAAAAACGUAUCGCUUCCAAUCCAAUAUACUCUGUCAUUAAAGAGAAAAGUGAAUUAUAUUUUAAAAACAAAGAAUUGGAAAAAGAAAAAGAAAAUGAAAAGGAACAAAAAAUAACUGCAACAGAAAAUCACUUGAAAGAUUACAUGCAUGGAUAA